AUGGAUGAAGCAAUGCUAGAGGCUGUCGUCCAAUUUGUGGACAAACUUGUGGAACUUGGGGUACUUCGAAGCAUCGAUGAAGGACUGGUGACCGUCCUCACCAACGCCCCUCUAUUUGUGGUCGGGAAGGAUGGCCAACCGGGACAAUGGCGGGUAAUUGCCGACAUGCUACGGGGUGGUCAGAACGAUUGUGUUGGGCAGGACCCUGUCUUCAUGCCCAGGAUUGCUCACAUUGUGGACCAAAUGUACACUGAAGGAUACUCUGCAGUGGUCGACCUGUCCAAGUUCUUUUACAAUUUCCCGACACACCCAGAUGACCGACCGUACCUUGGUCUCCUGCAUCCUAAGACCGCGGAGCUCCUGACCUACUAUGGGCUAGCUAUGGGAGCAGGCAACAGUCCAGCCAUUGCCUGCCAAAUCGGUCUCGCCUUUGUACGACUUGUGAAGGAGAAAUUUGGCGUUUUCCAAGGAGCUGUGCACAUCUGGGUCUGGGUGGACGACUUCCUCAUCCAUGGGCCCACGCACGAAAAGACCGCCCGAGGGCUGCAAUUCUUCUUGGACACGGCAGUUGACUGUGGAUUCCUCUUUCACCCAAAGAAAUUGGUACCGCCUCAGCAAGUCGUCAAGUACUGUGGUUUCCUCUUUGACACCACAGCUGUCCCUUGCCUUCCAAUCCCAGAAGCCAAGAAAGAAAGGGCACUGGCCAUAUGUGACUACUUGAUCCAAUCUCCAAAGCACAAGAAGUGGUCCCGUCUUGGUCUUGCGGUUGCAGUCGGCGUUUUGGAGUCUCUUACAGAAGCAACUCCACGGCAAUGGGGACAUACGCAUCUCAAAGAGUUCCAUACCUUUGUCCACCCACCAGGACUUGGCAACGGAGCGGCACCCUACUACACUACAACCUUCCUCAACUCGGAGGUGCUCGACAAAUUCCAUUGGUGGCGACAGUUCCUCACUCGGAGUGAAGGACGCUUUGUCAGAGGAUGGGAAGCUGCAACACUGGUUCCAACCUUUGGAGACGGAAGUGGAACUGACACCGGGGGCACCAUACAACUCCCAAAUUGUGACUUUGAGAUGUGGCAAGGAAAAUGGAAACCAUCCAUCUACAUCUUCCCUUCUGUAUGGAAAGAGUUAGCAACCCUGAAAGAGACCCUGCUUCGAAUCAAAGAAAGCCCCCAUGCCCACCAGGUGAUUGGGACUACCGUUUUCUACUUCACUGACAACUCGGGAGUUUACUGGAUUGCCACCACAGGCUCUUCCCGAACACGCUCCCUCCACAAAUUGAUUAGCGAGAUCAGACUUCUUGAACUGGACCUACAAUGUGUCCUCCAAGUUGUCCAUGUACCAGGCCGAGUGUUGAUCACCCAAGGGACUGAUGGCCUCAGUCGCGGCGUUUGGAUGUCGGCACUUCAAAACAUCAUGGAUUCUGAUAGACUGACUCAGGCUAUCUUUGAUCCAGUCCCCUUUGACAUGACUUUGGUGUGGACCCACCUUCCACAAUCGGCCCCUUUGACGCAGUACAGAUCCUGGAACCAACCCUGGACAGCAUCCCUCUGCCUCCACCAAACCACAGUAUGGUGCCCACCGCCGGAGCUGGCCCGCCAGCUCCUCACCUUCUUGCUCAACUCGUGGGUUGAAUGCCCCUUCACCACCUCCGCGCUGCUCUUUGUCCCCAGAGUUGUUGAAGCUUCCUGGCGACACAUGUCACCAUCUACCCGCACAAGACCAACCUACGCUUCCCGCCACUCCUGCCGAUACCAAUUGUUGUUCUGUACAUUGCGCCUCACACUCUCUCCCUUGAUCCCAACUCUAGGUUGGACAAGACUCCCACUGCCGCCCCCUCUUGGCAUGCCGCCCAAGCCACACUUAUGCGCGGGUUGCCAGAGAGGGUUCAGCCGCAAGGAGAUUGAGACACGGCUUCAAUGCACAUUUUCAGCUAAGGGAUUCGGCCGAUUCCGUGCCUGUGGCUCCACCUACCACCGUGACUGUUUCCGAGCUGGGGAACCCUUCAAGACUCGCCGCCUCCGCGAUGAAGGCUUGACCUUCCCCCGCCACGCCACCUGGCCCAACUUUGUCUGCGAAGCCUGCACUGUGCGACAGUACCUACAACGUGAAUUAGUUUGUGCCGACGACCUCCUCCUCUUGAUGUUGGAACGCAUCAGGAUGUUGGACAUCAUCUCCUCAUGGGCCAAAGGAACCCACGCUAGCUACAAGUCGAAACUGAGUAUUAUCCGCCAAUUUGAGACCAAUUUUGCCAUACAAGUAUUGAAGCCCACCGCUCUGCUGGAGCGCCCUUCCGGCCCUGAUAUCCCCCUCAUGUGGUGUCAGGAAUGGUACAGCCUCCGCCAUUCCACCAAGGCACACGACCGAGGUGCUCAAACUCCCAUCAGCUUUGGCACAGUCCGAGCCCUCCGAUCGGCCGCUUCCCAGUGGUUAUCACUGGACUCCCUCAACACUCCGCAAAAUGCAUACAUGUCACAAGACAACAAAGUUCUAUAUCAAGAUUGUCGACCGACGGAUAGUUUGUCAUUCCACUUGUUUGCAAAGGGAAUGGUAGCACGAAUGGGGGAUUACUCCCGGCCAUCUGUGGCCCUUUUGGAUCGCCACAUUCGAGCUCUGGAUCACUUCUUGGACCCCCAAUUCUAUGAAGCCACUUCUGACGUCUAG